AUGGUGAAUUGGAGAUCGGCCUUCAGAAUUGCUCAUUUCAUAUUUCAGAAGCGGCCCGGAGAAGUAACGCCGAUCACGACGCCUUCGAAAAUACACAAUUGGGUAUUGUCGGAGAAGACUCCGGAGAAGAAGAGGGGACCGCCAAUGUCCCUGAAACCGAGCCCAACGAAACAAAUUGUGAAGAGAAAGUACGGGAGGGAAAGACUUCUGCGUUCUUAUAAACAAUUUCAGCACUCCACGUGCGGAUCCCAUCAAAACGUACGUCUUCUUCGACCUGGAAUGCACCGGUCUCAUCAAGAACGACGAAUAUCGCAACUUGCCGUGCAAUAACUACGAAAAAAGCGACGACUUCUUCCAUCAUCUGGAGGCGUUCUGCAUGCACAGUCCGUUUAUUUCUUGCCGAUUUCUUUUCUUUCAUUUCGCACCAGUUUUCAGCUCGAACCGACGAACUUCCGCAUAUAACCGAGAUGAGUUUUGUGGCGAUUUCCCGAGAAACAUUUGACGAAAUCAAAGAGAAACGGAAAAACGACGCAAUGCGCAAUGACCAGAAUCCAGAAGAGAAGAGGAUACUGGCGGAGUACGUGGCGACGAAUACACACACGAGACAGCUGAAUCCGUUGAUAAACGAGGAUAAAUGGAGGGAGUACGAGAACACGAGGAACAACGAUAAAAAGGGUAUGGAGGGGAUAAAAGUGAUGGAAUGGAAAGAAGUUAUUCCAGAAGUUCUGGUGCAUCCGAAGAAGCUCUGUUUGCGGAACAACACUUUCAAACAAGAGUGGCCAGCCGUCGUCAACUUUCUCGAUUCUCUCCAGAAACCGGUUCUUUUGGGUAAGCCCGAACUUAUCCGUUAUCUCUGAUCUUCGUUUUCAGUUGGUCACAACGCUCUGCGUUACGACUUGCGAGUGAUUUACGGGGAAAUGCAAAGAAACGGACUGAGAGACGACUGCAAGCUGCCGGAAGACGUCUUCUUCAUGGACUCCCUUCUCAUGGCCAAGCAGAUCGAAAACGAGGCGUUCAAGAAACUGACAGACAUUUGCAAAUUCAUCGAUUUCUCGAAAAGUGAACAAAUAGUUUUGAAUUAAGAAAUUCAUUUGAUUUUCAGUUUCUCCCAAAGAAGAGGACGAAGAAGUGCAGAUAACGGACUCUUCAAACCGUCCGAUCGGACGCCCGGUAGCUUCGUCUCGCGGACCCGCCAAUGAUCAUCCGAGACACACGAUAAAGUGGGACGAAUUCUCCGUGGCUCUCCGGAAACGCAUUCCGAUGAACGGAUUCGUUCGCACUGAAAACGGAGGAUGGACGUUCAAGUAUGCGGGAACCAACAGAUACAAAUUGGAAAUAAUUUACAAGGAGGUAAGACGAUCUUAGUUUCUAUUUAGAUUACCUAUUUGUCUUGUUCCAGGUCGUUGGCGGAGAAUACACUGCUCACUAUGCCCAGCAAGACGCGGAAGCCCUCAUGCACACGUGUCUCAGCUACGGUAACGACUUCACCAAGUUCGCCGACGUCUUCGCCGCGCCCAUUCCAUUCUGA